CGGUCAAAACAGGAUUUCUUAAAAUGAUGCUUAUAUGGCAUCCCGACAAGCCUAAUGGCAAUAAGGAAAUAGCAGAAAAGAUAAUUCACGCAAAGGAAAUUUUGUUAAAUGAUGAAUAUCGAGCUCAAUAUCACAACCACUUUGACUAUCAACAAGGAUGGUUUUCUUUAAAACGGUGGAAAGCAAUUUUUUUAUCUGAAUGCGGGAGUGUAAAGCAACAUAAAGCUUUUUGGAAGCGACUUGGUUUUCUUGUAUUCUCUUCUUUAUUAGCUGUCGGCGGGAUCACCUGUUCUGUUUUAACGGCUGGUCUCGGUGCACCAGUUUUUGUAACAUUAGGAUCAAUAGCUGGUGGAGCGUUAUUCGGCGCCGGCUUACAAUCUUCAGGUGAAUGCCUAAAAGAACGAUCUGUUAUUGAUGGAAUGGAUUCUGAGAAAUGGAUCAAAAAAGCGUUGAUAGGUGGAGCUGCAGGUGUCUUCGUUGGAGGUGCGUCCGCUGGCAUCACAGCAGGAAUAGUAGGCAUUGGAAACGCAGCAUUAUCGUCAAGUGCGGUUUCGAUUGGUAAAUUUAUUGGAAUGGGAGCAGCUAAUGGUGGUAUUGGUGGAAUAAUAAUGUCUUUGAGCUCUAUUCUCUCAAGGAAAUUAGUUGACAAAGAAAACAUUGCUCUAAAGAAGGUCAUAAUUCACGCCCUAUUGGGAGGAUUGAUAGGAGCGACGGCUGGAAUAGCAGCAGGUGCAGUUACUAAACCUUUAGUUGAUGGUGGUUCAUCUGCGGCCGCACCAACGAUUGAAGGUGACUUAAUAGAGCAAGCUUUUUUACGUACGACUGGACAAAAUACAGUUAAACUAUUGCGCCUUGUUGGUAAAAGAGCUGCUAUUUUGGCGUCGAGAGUUGCAAUUGAAAAAUCUUACGACGCUGCUUACGAGCUCGUAGAUAGUUCGGCUAAAAGCUAGAUCUGACAACACUUGUAAGUGAGAAUGAGAAUCAAGACAAGGAGUUAUUGGAUCUACUGGAAAACGAAGAAAAUGCAUUUGGUGGGGAGGAUGUUGACGGGUUACAGGAACUAAUGCACGAGUUUUAUCUAACUCAAGAAAACGGUGAGAAUGAUGAUGUAACAAAUGAGAAUGAAUUUGCGCGUAUGGAAUUAAAGGAAAAGGAAAACAAUCAGCGAAGAGAAAGAACAAAACAAUCAUACAAUAAAGUGUUUGAAGAAACUUCAAUUGAUGAGUUACAGGUAGGAGCAAAUGAUUUUUUACUAAGUGAGAACAAUUCAAACGUGAAGUAUGGAGCAUCUGCAAAACCCCUGACACAUAGCUCUCAAACAGAGAGAAAUUUUUCAUCAACAGUAGAAAUCGAUUUCAAUCAAAGUAAUUCAACCUGCACAAAUAAUGAAAAUUUUGCGUCAAAAACACAGCGACGCUCAAUUGCUGAUGAAACAAGCCAAGAACAAUUGACCAAAAAAACCAUUCAAUAUUAUUCCGAGGGAUCAUGGAUCUCAAAGAUGAUCGUAACUUAUUAUUUAAACGAAAGAAAAGUCACAGAAGAAGUAAGUGGUAAUGGAGAGAGAGUGAAUAUUUCUGCAAGCGCAACAAAUGUCGAAGUGAGAUUUAAAGUUAUGCGUCCAUUUUGGGGUGAUGUCAUGACGUACGACCGUUUUAACAAGACAUGGUUAAAACCAUACACCCCUCACAUCUUCCGUUACCAAAAAGCAAAAAAUCGCACAUUUACUCUUAGUGGUAAUCUUCGUUGGGAGGCAGUUAUGGGAGUCAGUAAUGAGUAUGGAGAAACAAAAGAAAUGGGCUUUAUAUCAACUGACGAAAUUUAUUGCCCUCAAAGAAAUUCAACCUGCUCAAAUAAUGAAAAUUUUGCGUCAAAGACCCAACAACAUUCAAUUCUCGACGAUAUAAGCCAAGAGCAGUUGACCAGAAAAACCAUUAAAUAUUACUCUAAAGGUUCAUGGAUCUCAAAGAUGAUUGUAACCUAUUAUUUAAACGAAAGAAAAGUCGCAGAAGAAGUAAGUGGUGAUGGGAAGAGGGUGAAUAUUUCUUCAAGAGCAACAAAUAUCGAGGUGAGAUUUAAAGUUAUGCGUCCAAUAUGGGGCGACGUUAUGAAGUACGACCGUUUUACAAACACCUGGUCGAAACCGUAUACACCUCAUAUCUUCCGAUACGAGAAAGCCACUGGUCGCACAUUUACUCUUAGUGGUAAUCUUUGGUGGGAGGCAGUUAUGAGAGUAACUGAUGAAUACCAUGAGGAAACAAAUGAAAUGGGCGAAGUUUAGAAAGAUAUCGCCAGCGGAAGCAAUGAUUGGGAAACGUUCUGUUAACAUAGAACAAAUAAGUGAUUGCUGAACUAAAUGAUAAUUGACCUUACCUGAGAUUAAGUGUAACUGUAAAUACAACGUAUAAAUCAUCAUUAUUCAAAUGAUGGAGACAGCAAUGGCUCUCACAUUUUGAUUUUUAUGAAAAUAGUUUUCUAUGGACAUUUAUCUUAUACCAGUAUGCUUUUGUGUAUAAUGUAAUCAUUAAAUAGAAAUUUUUCAUUGUUUUUCGAAA